AUGACUUCGAUCAUUGUUCCCAAGCUGCAAGUUCACACGACAUCGUCGACCAGCGCCAAGACGUUUGUCUUUCACGAUGAAGACCACACAGUCGGCAACGCCGUGCGUUACAUGCUCAUGCGCAACCCUGACGUGAACUUUGCCGGGUACACGAUUCCGCAUCCGUCGGAGCCCAAGAUGCAUGUGCGUGUCCAGACUGUACCAUCCAAAUCGGCAAACCAAUCGAUGCGAACUGCAUUGACCGACUUGAAGGCUGUGUCGGUGCACGUGGACAAGGCAUUUGCGAAGGAGCUCAAGUCGUUCAAGAAGAAGCAUGGCAAGCAACCAUAA